CAGCUUGUUAGUUUAGCGGUGAAUGCCGAUGUGUCCAAAAUCAACAAAACUGUUUUCGAGCAAUUUUCAAGAAAUAGUGAUGAACCAAACGAAAACGAAAUAAGUGACGAAAUCGAAAGCACAUCAGCGAAAGGUAUCACAGAAACGGAUUUAAAACAAUUGGAAGUUCUAUUGUCCAAACAAUUAUCGCCGUCACAAACGAUGCAUGCAUUGAACAUAUUUCGAGGCUUUCGAGAAGGAGCUACAGCAAAAGAGAAAGAAGCGGCCUUGGUCGAUUUGUAUUCAUCAGCUUUGAGCAGCGCAUUUGGCAUGGCCAAAAACAACGAUAUUAACGAUGACAAUUUUGAAGAUCACUCAAAUUAAUAUUAUAAUUUAUAAACUAUAAACAAGCAAAAUACUCUUCAAUCACGAUUUGAAUAAAUUUUAAUCUUCAAAUGGUCUUUUUUCUGAUAAAUUCACUUGGUUUUUUAAAUAUCAAAUCUUUGAUGACCUAUAUGACCCAUUUAAGACGACAUUGUUGAUUAUUUUGAAUUUGAAUCUGUUUUUUGUGUUAUUUGUUAUGUAUUUAAGAAAGUUAGUACGAUUGAAUUUUUUUACAAUCGAGAAGAGAUAUUGUGACAACGAACACGACAUAGAAAAAUCAACAAUAUGACGUUUCUUUUUCUCGCUACAAUUGUCAGUUUUCUACAAUUAUGUUCAAGCGCAACAUUUGUAGCCAAUGGAAUCAGCACAACUUCAGCUCCAGUUGAUGGGGCCAUAGCUGUAACAACUUCAGUUUCAGUUGAUGAUGCCGUCGCUACAACAAAAGAAGCCAAUAAAGUUAGUACGACAAACAAUUCAACGCCACUACCAAUAAGUUCGAUGACCAAAAACUGUCUCAGAAAUCAAUUUAUGUGUGAUAAACGGUGUAUUUCAAAAUCGCUCGUGUGUGACGGAAUUGAAGAUUGUUUAUCCGGUGAAGACGAAGCAAAUUGUGCUCUUUCCUGUGGAAAAGAUAAAUUCAGAUGCCGAAGCGAUGGUGUUUGCUUGGAUCGAAUUAAGUAUUGCGAUGGAGUAACUCACUGUGUUGACGGAAGUGAUGAACAGAAUGUGCGCAAUUUUCAAGCUAAAAUGAAUGCGGAACAACAUGAGAUUGAAUUAACAUGGGAAGACAAUUGCGCAUUAUUGAGCAAAUAUCCGCAAUCAUAUGUUAUCACAUGGACUGAAUUAACAACAAACACAACCAAUUCUAUGGAAGUGGUACGAAAUGAAACUAAAACUAUGUCACAUAACCUUAAGAAUAUUCUCGAUGGUGCAAUGUAUAAUAUAAGUAUUUCAACAAAUGCAACGAAUGCCACACCAAUCACACUCAAAAUAAGUGGGACGGCCCCACUGCCACCAGUUCAUCGCCUCCAAGGAACACAACCAGAUCACGUGAAAUUAUCUGCAUGGAUGGUGAUCUUACCCAUGGUGAUUGUGAUUGCAUUGGGAGGAGUUGUUUUUUACAUGAUGCUUCGCAAUCGAAGACUAUCCAAUAAUUACUCUCGAUUUGCCUAUUCACAUUAUGACACCAUGACGGAUGUCAUCAAAAUUGAAGACGACGAGGAUAAUCAUCUUUGACACAACAGUCGUGGAUAAAACUGACAAUAUUCCUCGUUUUGACGAUGACGAACCGACUGCUAGUAUUAACGUUACUUUAAGGCGAACAAAUGGCUGAAUAAGAAAUAAAUAAUACAUUCAUUUCAAAUCAAGAA